CAAAAUUAGUAAAAGUUUUUAUUUAUAUUCAUGCAUUUAAUGUGAGUACAAGUAGUAAAGUAAUUAUAUUUACAACAAAAUGUCGACGAACAUUUUUGAGAAAUGUUCAAACAAAGAAGGAUCUCGUCCGUACAAAUGUCGCGAUUACGCUAAUAAAAUUUCAUUAAAUUUGAGCAAUUUCCAAAGAGACGGCAGAUUUUGUGACAUAGAUUUAAUAUCAGGCAAAACCAGGGUUAAGGCUCACCGGGUGGUACUUGCAGCCAGCUGUGCGUACUUUGAUGCUAUGUUUAAUGUGGGCUUGGAGGAGAGUCAAAAACGACAUGUAGCUCUACCCAGUGUGCCUCCAGAAAUUCUUCCAAUUAUUAUUGACUUUAUUUAUACAGGUGAAGUUGUAAUAGACAAAGCUACAGUGCAGCAUUUAUUGAUAGCAGCAGACAUGCUACAACUGAGAGAACUGGUCACGGGCUGUGGUGAAUUUCUAAGAAGAGAACUGCACCCUUCAAAUGCUUUGGGGAUCUUUAGAUUUGCCGAAGCACACAACUGCAUGGAACUAGCUCAGGAAGCAUUAGAACAUGCGCAAGCAAACUGGAAUGUUGUAGCCAGCGGAGAUGAGUUACUGGACUUGCCGUUAUCACAGUUAGUCACCCUACUGUCCUCUGAACAGCUAAAGGUUGAAAGUGAGGCACAGGUACUGUAUCCAGCAUUAAGAUGGCUGGAACACGACCCCGCCUGCCGGCGCCGCCAUUGUUUCGAAGUCCUCAGCCACAUCCGCCUUCCGCUUAUAGCUCCCCAAAUUCUCGACGAAGCCAUUAAAAAUGUACAAGACCCGUCAAUCGCUGUGGCAUUGAAGACGGUUAGAGUGGACAUGAAAACGGGUCGCGGCGCGCUAGUAGCGCUAGCGGCGGAGCCCCGGGCGCGCGCGCGGCGCUACCUGCUGGUGGCGGGCGGCUCCUGCCACGACUCCAGCGCGCACCCGUCGGUCUCCACCGACAACAUUCUGUCCUCCGUGCUCAAGUUCGACCUGCAUAAACGAGAAUGGGAGGAGCAGGCGCCGAUGGGUAUCGCGCGCAUUCAGCCGGGCGUGGCCACGCUGGGCGGCCGCGUGUACGCGGUCGGCGGCGAGCAGGGCAGCCAGAUACUGGCCAACGGCGAGGUCUACGACCCCACGACAAACAAAUGGUCAAACAUAGCCUGUAUGAAAGAGGCCCGCAGCGAGUUCGGUCUGACGGGCAUGAACGGGCACCUGUACGCGUUCGGCGGCUGGGUGGGCUCGGACAUGGGCGCGUCCGUGGAGGUGUACGACCCCGCCGCCGACCAGUGGACCGCCGCCGGACGCAUGCCCGAGCCCAGGUUCGGGAUGGGCGUCGUGCAUUACCAAGGUCUGAUCUACGUGGUAGGCGGGUGCACGCACAGCUGGCGGCACACGCGCGACCUGCUGUGCUACCACCCGGCGUCGCGCUCGUGGCGCGCGCUGGCGCCCAUGCGGCGCGAGCGCUCGCAGGCCGCCGCCGUCGUGCUCGGCCACCACCUCUACGUCAUCGGCGGCAACGCGCCGCGCCGACAGGUGCUCACCUCGGUGGAGCGGUACAGCUUCGACGACGACUCGUGGGAGGAAGUGUGCAGCCUGAAGGAGGCGCGCGCGGGCUGCGCGGCGGGCGCGGCCGAGGGCGUGCUGGUGGUGGCGGGCGGCGACAGCGAGAGCGCCCGGCCGCGCGCCUUCUACCGCGCGCGGGCCACGCUGGCCAGCGCCGAGCUGUACGACCCGCGCGACGACCGCUGGCGGCCCGCGCCGCCGCUGCCGCACUCGCGCGCCGAGGCCGGCGCCGCGCUGCUCUGACGA